ACAGCCCUGCGUCAGAUGGCAAUCAAUCAUGCAUUGCCUUGGCGAGCGAGUGCAGUCAAACGCCUCCUCGUCCUCUCCAGGCUCCGAUUACCGUAGGCCAAUUCUCGCAGCCUCUGUACUUUUUUCAGACCGAAGGAAGCGGUUCUGCGUGAGGACAGGCACAGGGGCAGUGAGUGAUCUUUCUCGAAGUGUCGUCACGCUGUUGAGUUGCACUGUGGAGUGAUUCAAAUUUUAUGCAGGGUGUGAUGAGAUUGGAGUAAGCGGUGGAGGUCCGAGCGUGUCGAUUGAGACUCUCUGGUGAGACUCAGGUUAGGACGACGUAGUGCAUUAUCGGUGCGGUGUGUUGGCGAAAAACGGCAUUGUUGUGAGACGUUCUUGUUUCUCGGCUCUUUGAAGGCGUGAGUGGUACCAUUGGCGAGUUGGCGAGGUUUUCGGCGAAGCUGACGUUCAUGUUAUUGCCGCGUCUUGUUGUUAGCUCGUUUUUAGCACUUUUUAGCACUUCCUGUGCGCCAGCCUGUAGAAUUCGUGUGCGUUCAGGCCUAUGACAAGCUUUCUUGCAGACACAAAUAAGUCUAUGCUCAUUUUGAUCUGAGUUUUUUUGUUUUUUUUUGUUUUUUUUUGUUUUUUUUAAUAAUCUGCGUCUGAGUUGAAGGUUUUAGCUGUCGAAUUGAAGCGAGCUAGUUCAUUAGAUCUUGACCUUAUUGCUUCUCGAGUUAGUACUCUUCUUGGAUUGGUGUAGGUGGUACUUCGACAGGUCUGCAGAAGCUCAUAACCGUUGAAAACUUUUCCCUGACAACAGGUAUUCGUAUCCAGAUUGCCUCGUUGCAUUUGGUGAUUCUACUGUAUUUGUGCUUUUUGUGGACAGAUUUGGUGAUCAUCUUGGUUGAGUGUAGCGCCUCUUAAAGACAUUUAGUGGUCGGAGCAGACAAUGUUUCUGUACCGUGGAAGUCAUCGGCACUAGACUCAAAACUCUGCACAGCAUUUUUAAAACUAAGCGUGUGUAGUAGAUUUCACUUUUGCUGCGUCAAAUCAAUGUCUCUGGCCACUGCAAUUUACAAUAUCGUCGAACACAGGCCACGGGUUUCGACAGGAAGAUCUGGAUAGGAUGUAUCUGUGUAAUUGUUGUGCGCAACUCAUCUAGUUUUUCCGGUGGCGUUUGAAAGAAAGACACGAGCUUUUGCGCAGAUGCAAGCUUGUGCUGACCUGAUCUCUUGUGCUUCGAAAUGAAGAAGCAAUUGUUCUUACCGGGAACUAGGUGAGGGGAGCUCAAUGCAGGACAUACCUUAUGAUGUGUCUCAUGUUCCUAUUGACUAUGACGAGCCUUUCAAUGUUAAUGAAGUGAGUGCUAAGAUUUCAAAUAAAGAUGCAAGUCGGAAGCGAAGAGAAAAACGAGUUUCUCUUGAGAAGGAUAUUGCCAAGCUGCAGAAGAAGCUGAUGAUUGAGGUUAACAUGCGUAAUGCACUCAAUCGUGGGCUCAGCAGGCCUCUGGGUUCUCUCCCUCGAAUAUAUGGCUGCUUACCUGUAGAGACGAGAGAACUGCUGCUCGAAGUGGCGGUACUGGAGGAAGAAAUCAUGUCCCUCGAAAAGCAGGUCAUCUGCCUCGGGAGACAAAUUGUAAGUGAGGUGCCUCCAAUGGAUAAGGAGCAUAUCUGGCGCACCCUUCAGCAAAUAUCAUGUCCGGAGGAAGCCGAUGUCGUAGUCUCACCUACCGUAGCUUCAAAAAACUCUGCUAGAACUCACUCAAAGCCCACACUGUCCCCAGAUAAGACCUUUGUUCAGCAAAGUAACAGCUCAAAGCCUUUAACCUCUGCGGGGAAAGUUGUAGAAAAUAAAUGUAGCUUCCGAAAGGUUUCAAUCUCUUCUGGAAACUCUCUAGACAAUGGCAGUUUUAUCAAACCUCCAAUGUAUCCAAUGAAUUCCUUCGAGCCGAGGCGCACCAGCCUAACAAUACCUCCAACGAAAUCUCAAGUCCAGAGGAAUAACCCUUUUCAGAAAGUAUUGCCUGGGAAUUCCAGGGACCUCAAGAGCAGAAAAAUUCUUUCCGUAGGGAAAGAGCAACAUGAUGUAUAUUCGUCUGUCGGACCAACAGUGCCCUUCAUCCCAACGCAACCGAGUGAUCUAAAAGAAAAGAUUACAUCGCCUGUAUUACCUGCUCCUGGAAGUCCCCACCAUGUAGGUAAGAAUUCUACGAAGUGUCGGAGAAUGAGGACUGAAGAUGGGAAGGCACCGAUGAAGUCACAAAAUCCAUUCAAAAGGAAAGAUCCGAUUGACAACAAAGUUCCACCUGCAGGUUGCAAUCUCAAACCAACCAACACUCCUGCAUCACGAGGACAAAACAAGGGCCCAGUGGACCUAGCUAUGCGUACCCCUCGUCUUCCACGUCAGCCCUUAAUGUAUGGCACCCAAAGGGAACUGAAAGCUUCGACGGCGAAGAGAGUACAGAGAACGGAACACACUCGUACAACUUUAGCAGCACCAAACAUGUGUACAUCCCUCAACCACGAUUCAAGCCCUCAAACUCACUGUCAGAAUCCUGAUGUUUUUGGGACUGCUAAGAAAGAUUCAAACCACGUGGGCGUUCCAUCCACUGUCACUCUUGAUGGAGAUUGCAGACAGACUGGCGUCUCCCCAGCCCAAGCGAGGAUCCAUGGAUUUUGUCUCAAUGAUCGUAUGGAGCAGGAAAGUCGAUCAACGUGUUCACCGGAAACAAGAUCCCAACUAAGUUCGGAGCAAGUAGCCGACUCAAUUUUGCUGUCUGUUGAAGUGGUCAAGCUGCUCGAAAAAAUAUAUGCGAACAUGAAUAAGAAGCAAUCUUCCUUAACAUCUGAACCUAAUUCUUCGUCUCAAGCUUCCAUGUCAACAAGUCUUUCCAGUACAAGCCCUGACGACUACGAGAUGACGAGUGGCACUAAUAUGAAAUUCAGGUUGGAUGAUUUUCAUGCUGAGAGUUUUAGAACGGAGACAGGUUCUACCACGAAAUCUAUUCGACUUUACUAUUCAGGUGAAAUUGAGAAUUCGCUGGAUCUUAGCAGGGGCAAUAUAAGCAACAGAGUGACAGGUUUCCGUGAAAGGUUGAUGGGAUAAAAAAUGAAGAGUCGUUCAAUCAGAAGGAACUCCAGCUGCUACACCAGGCAUUUGAGAGUUAUGCAGUUUUGUUUUGCAAGUUGGGUUUAAUUGUGCGCUUGUUGGAUAUGCUCGAAGGAGCUAAAAGGAGUGGAAACGAGAUAAAAUUUUCUUCAUCACUUGAUA